AUGAAGAUAACAUUAAUAACAAGGUUCACAAACUCUUUGUCAUCUAUAGAACAAAUCCCAGACUUGUCGAUUCCAUGCAGUGUCAAUUUCGACAAGGAUGAUGUCAACAAGUUGAUCAAUGUGACGUGGAUAAAAGCGUCGAUACGAAGUAAAGUGCCCCAGUGUUCUCAAAGGCGUUUGAAACUUAUAUACAAUGGUAGAGUCUUGAAUGAAAAAACCGAUUUUGAAAAAGAGAUUUUGAAACCACGAAAAGCAUCAUUAAAUCAAAAUGAGCCUAUAUACAUACAUUGUGUCGUUGGAGAAGAACUAACAAAAGCACAACUCUUGGAGGAAAAUAGUAUUGAUAAUAAGCCGCAGGAAGUAACAACCACGCCCAAUGUUAUUGGGUUUGACCGGUUAUUGCAGCAAGGUUUCUCUUUAGAGGAUAUUGGCGAUUUGAGAAGACAGUUUCUGCAGUUAUAUGGGAGCGCAGCAACUAGUAGUAAUCAAAACCGAGAAAUUGCUGAUAUUGAAGAAAUAGAGAAUAGGCAAAGAGAGUUACGCGAGUUGGAGGAGCGCUGGAUAGAAUCUACGUCAAAUAAUGAUGGUGUCGCAACAGCAGGGGCAGCUGCAACAACGGGGACAGCUGCAACAACAACAACAACAACAACAACGGCAACACAAAAUGGAGGUGGAGAUAUGAUUGAGCAGACACAAGGCGUUCAACCUCCUCUUGAAUUUGACGAGUCUUACGCAAAUGAAGAUUUACUACUUGGGUUUUGCAUAGGUGUAUUUCUCGGAAUAAUCUCCGUGGUGUUCUUUGUACUUGACGACACAAUUUUCAACAAACGUCAAAAGAUGGCAAUAAUAGCAGGUAUAUUUAUCAAUUUCUCCUUGGCUAUAGUAAGAGGACAAUGGCUAUAG